GAAAGCAACAAAGCAACCGAUCAGCGAUGGCGGACAAGCAAAAACCUCACGAUGACGUCCUUACGCGACUCGUGCGCGACUUGGAAACGAAGACGACUUUGUGCUACGUCAAGGACUAUCCUGGAGUGGAGCUGAAGCAGUUAAAUUAUCACGUGAAGAAGCUCGGUCCACUGGUGAACCCCGUUUUUGGCGAGCAGCCGGCGUUCUUCAUCGACGAAGGCCGCUUCAUUCCCUAUCGAAUGGUCGUGUAUGGCAUUAUGAAGGUGGCGGCCAAGAUCGCAGGGCUCCUCGGAAGCUGGGCAAAGUGGUCUGGAGAAGGAGGCAGAGUGACAACCUCGCAAGGGGCGUUCAUUCUGGAGCAGCGCCCCGGAGGGCCCAACGUGAGAAUGCCCGACGUGACAUACACACCGCGAGAUGAUGACAGGAAUUUGACUCGUGAACAGAUAUGGACGUAUCGUGGCGAUCCCUUUGUUCCCACCUUUGUUGUUGAGAUUGAUAAGCUCUCUGGUCGAGGCUCUCAACGCAGCGCUCUUGAUCGAAAGAUGCGAAAUGAAUAUUUCCAGCACGGCGUCCAGUUGGGUUGGCUGAUCGACCCACGCCCAGACUUUCAGCGGAUGUAUGAGUACUAUCUCGACGACAAUGGAGACGUACAAUGCUCUGACAACACUGCGUGGAGAGAUCUUGACGGUGGUGAUGUGCUUCCUGGUUUCAAGAUACGCGCACCUGUGUUGGAAAUGGUCUUGGGCCAGGAUUCAGGUUCGUCGUCAGAAGAUGAAGUUGAUCUGGUGUGUCCCUUUCCGCAACAAGCGAUUCCACGCUUUGAUAACUUUCGUGAAUAUCUGCCCGAUUCGCUCCGAUUGGUCCACUUCUAUCGAGUUGGUGUUGUAUCAAAGCGCGAUGAAGAAGCGGACGGUGCUGGAAAGAAAUGGCGCAGCGAUUUGGAGGAGAUUCGAGGCAUGAGCAACAACGGAUUGAGCGAUGAUCAGCCACUCAGUAAAGUGGUCAUUUUCCUAGAACUGGAGGCGAAGAAGAAACGAACGAUGAGCCCCACGGGAGUUGUUUCUAGAGAGGGCAUCACAGACGAGGUCGACCGAGUUACAGGGUCAAAGAUGAAAUGA